CGUGGAAUUAAUGGAAUGACUAAUAAUGAAACCCGUACUAGUUGUUUUUAAUUUGAUCUAUGGUUUUCUGUCCUAGCUCACUUAUGUGCGCGCGCGUCCCUCUCGAACCACGUGACCAUGUUCCUGGAAAGUUCCUGGAAACACGAAACAUCCUCCUGGUUUUCAUCCCGAUCCUGGUUGGUUGUCCAUGUCCAGGCCGCAGAAGGUUGGAGGCGUUCAAUGAGCUGCCAGCCCUCAGAGUCCCCCGACGCCGUCCAAACCAACCCGGGAGGGGCAGCUGCUGCCUGGGGAGGACUGGAUUGUGACGAGAGACGCCUCUCUUUGGCCAUGAAGGAGCUGAAAAGCGCAGGCUGGUACUGGGGAAGCCUGAGCGCCAACGAGGUCAAAGAGAUCCUGCGGGACGCUGCGGUGGGAACCUUCCUGGUGCGGGACAGCUCUCAAAGCAACUACCUGUUCACCAUCUCCACCAUGACGUGGGCGGGGCCCACCAACCUCCGCAUCGAGUACGACCAGGGCAAGUUCAAGCUGGACUCGGUGCUCCUGGUCAGGCCCAAACUCAAGCAGUUUGACAGCGUGGUCCACCUGGUGGACCACUAUGUCCGCAUGUCCAUGGUCAGCCAGAAGACUCCGCCCUCCACGUCGUCCAACAGCACGGUGCCGCUGCUCCUCACCCGGCCCGCCUACGCCACCGUUACGCCGCUACAGCACCUGUGUCGCGUCACCAUCAACAGACACGCCAGGCGGGUCCGGGACCUGCCCCUACCAAACAGGCUGAAGGACUACGUGGCGGACUACGCCUACAACGUGUGACGCCAUCAGCUGACUGUUUCUGAGGCCGCAAGGAGACCAAAGACGUCACGUGAUCACGGCGCCGACGUCAUUCCACAGCGUUUUUUUCCUCUUUGGUACAGGUGGAAGGACCGAUGACUUUUAUGAAAGCCAAAGCAGUGUGUCUGCCACGGAUGGCCGACCUCUGACCUCAUGCACAAAUUGUGAUUAUUUGAUAUUUAAAUAAAGAUGUUGACUACC